AUGGGGCACUCUUUGCUCUGCAUGAUGGGCUUUUUCUUGCUCAGUACAGUCAUCUGUGGAAACGCUGAAGGUCCUCCUGAGCCCACCGUGACCCUCCAACCAUCCACGACUCAGAUAUACAGAGCUCCUCCUAAGCCCACUGUGACCCUGCAGCCACCCUGGACUCAGAUAUACAGCGGUGAGACAGUCACUGUCAGAUGUGAGAUUCAUGGAGGUGAAGGAGCUCAGUGGACGUAUGAAUGGAGACCAGCUGAGGUAAACACACCUCCAACAUCCAAUGAAUACAGAAUCAGCAGCGCUGCUGAGUCUGACAGUGGAGAAUACAGCUGCCGGGGCAGAAGAAACUCUUCCUGGACAGAGUGGAGUGACAUCACCACAUUGAAAGUAACAGCUCCUCCUAAGCCCACUCUGACCCUGCAGCCAUCCAAGACUCAGAUACACAGCGGUGAGAUACACAGCGGUGAGACAGUCACUGUCAGAUGUGAGAUUCAGGGAGGUGAAGGAGCUCAGUGGACGUAUGAAUGGAGACGAGGCCAGGUAAACAUAGGUUCAGCAUCCAGUGAAUACAGAAUCAGCAGCGCUGCUGAGUCUGACAGUGGAGGAUACAGCUGUCGGGGCAAAAGAAACUCUUCCUGGACAGAGUGGAGUGACAUCACCACAUUGAAAGUAACAGUUCCCAGUAAGCCCACUGUGACCCUGCAGCCACCCUGGACUCAGAUAUACAGCGGUGAGACAGUCACUGUCAGCUGUGAGAUUCAGGGAGGUGAAGGAGCUCAGUGGACGUAUGAAUGGAGACGAGGCCAGUCAAACAUACCUGAAACAUCCAAUGAAUACAGAAUCAGCAGACUUGCUGAGUCUUACAGUGUAGAAUACAGCUGUCGGGGCACAAGGACCUAUUUGUUAACAGAGUGGAGUGAUACCAUCACACUGACUGUAUCAUCGAAACCAAAGGCUGAACUGAGAGCUUAUAGGACAGCUGUUCCAGUAGGGGGCAGUGUGACCCUGACCUGCUCUGUGAGUCCAUCAUCAUCAUCAUCAUCAUCAUCAUCAUCUGGAUGGAAAUACUACUGGUACAGAGAUGGGAAAUCUUCUGAACCUGCGAGAAAUGAACAAAUCAGUGUCUCAGAGGGAGGACUCUACAGCUGCAGAGGAGGAAGAGGAGAACCAGUUUACUACGCAGAGGACAGUGAGUCAGUCUGGAUUGACACAACUGUAACAGCCUCAAUCAGGCCUGUUGUGACUCUGCAUCCAAACUGGUCUGAGAUAUACAGAGGAGAGACGAUCACUGUCAGAUGUGAGAUCCACGGAGGAGACACUGAGUGGGAUUAUGAGUGGGAAACAAACAGCAUCAGAAAACCUCCAAAUCAAAAUGAAUACAGGAUUAGAUCUGCUUCAUCAUCCAACAGUGGAAACUAUCGCUGUAAGGGCAGAAUGAAAAGUUCACAGCAUGAAACAACAGAGUGGAGUGAUUCAGUCACACUGACAGUUUCUGACAAUAAACCCCGUCCUGUCCUCACUGUGUCUCCAUCAUGGCUGAGUCCUGGAGCCUCAGUAACUCUGAACUGUGAGGUUGAACAUCCGUCUGCAGGAUGGAGCUUCUACUGGUAUAAAGCUGUUCCUGAUCUAUCAGAGAAAUCCUCCAGUUAUGAGCUGCUACCUGAUGGCAAUAGGACUGCAAACAACUCCUACAUCAUUCAUGGACAGACACACACAGCAGGAUAUGUGUGCAGAGCUGGAAGAGGAGACCCAGAGUAUCACACUGAUCACAGUCAACCAAAGUUUGUCUGGUCUGCAGAUGUUCAUUCAGCAGAGUCUCUCACAGUGAGUCCUGACAGAGUGCAACACUUCACCUUUGACUCUGUCUCACUGACCUGUGAGGGAAACUUCACUGAGUGGAGAGUGAGGAAGUUCUCUGAGGACGGCCGACUCUCUGUCUGUAGGAGAAUGACUGGAUCCACAUGUGACAUCAAAGCAUCAAAGUCACAUACUGGAGUGUACUGGUGUGAGUCUGGAUCAGGAGAGUUCAGCAGUGCAGUCAACAUCACUGUACAGAAUGAUGAUGGUCCUAUCCUGGUGAGUCCUGUUCAUCCUGUGACUGAGGGAGCUUCUGUUAGUCUGAGCUGCAUUUUGAAAACACAAAAAAUACUUUCCAAUGUGUUUUUCUAUCACAAUGACAAACUUAUUGAAAAUGAUACCCGAGGGGAGCUGAAGAUCUCUGCAGUGUCAAAGUCUGAUGAAGGUUUCUACAAGUGUCAGUACUCAGGAAGAGAGUCAGCACAGAGCUGGAUGUCAGUUAAAGUAACUGUGUCUGGAGCUGACAGCUCUUCAUUUCCUCCUGUGUGGUUGAUGGUUGGACUGGUUUGUGGAGUCUCUCUCAUUAUUAUUCUCCUGCUCUUGUUGUAUCGCUGCAGACAGUCCAAGUAUUCCUGCUUCACCAGGUCGAUCCAGUCUGAGAGUCACAGUCCGGGCUCCUCCACAAAUCAUGGAGUCAACCAGAAUGAAACUCAUGAGUACAACUCUCUUCAACAUGGUACCAAUAACCUCUCUGAAUAUGUUAUGCACGUGGAAGACAACAGAAAUGGAUCAGAUCAACAUCAAGAUGUCACAUACUCUCUUAUUGACCUUAAAAACCUUCAAAAGAAGAGGAAGCAUCAUGAACCAGAGCAGAGUGCUGUUUACUCUGAGGUGAAGACGGGAGCUGCAGGAAAAUCAAGUCCUGCAGCUGAUGCAGCAGUUUAUUCUGAAGUCACGUUAGGAAGCUUUCCUGGUUAGUGAGGAGAGCUGCAGCAGCAAAAAGGAGCAUUUUAUGAAUCCACUGUUGCUCCUCUGCUGCUCAAAUAUCAGACGCGCUCACUUUUUAGUGUUUAUGAAGAUGAUAUUGAAUAAUAAUAUGAUAUAGACUUGUUACUUUCGCUUAGCAUAACACACACAAGGGUGUGUC